AUGAAGAUCGCUGAGAUCGAGCAGCGCCAUCUUAACAAUUUCCAGUUUGUAGAGCGUGCUGCCUCGUCGCUGUCUCUCGUUGGAAUAGUCUUCAUCAUCGUUUCCUACUCGGUCUCCAACGCCUUUCACAAGCCAAUCAACCGACUAGUUUUAUAUGCGUCAGUAGGAAACAUAUUCACAAAUGUUGCGACCAUUAUAUCUAGAGAUGCGUUGGACAAUCCAGGCGUCUGCAAGCUACAAGCAUUCCUGAUCCAAUUGUUUAUGUCCGCUGAUGCAUACUGGACUCUGGCAAUGGCUUGCAAUGUGUGGCUCACGUUUUACCAGAAGUACGACGCGGCUCGACUUCGUAAGUUAGAAAAGUACUACCUUUCAGCCUGCUAUGGCUUUCCAUUCAUCCUCGCCUUCUCAUUCAUCUUUAUCAAAACCGAGGCCAAAGGCCCCAUGUAUGGCAAUGCCACUCUCUGGUGCUGGAUAGCAGGUACCUGGGAUAUCUUCAGGGUGGCGUGCUUCUAUGGACCGAUCUGGGUCUCUAUCCUCAUCACUCUGGCUAUAUACCUUCGGGCUGGUAAAGAUAUCUAUGUAAAGAGGCAACAGCUCCUCAAGUUCCACACCCCGGUGUCCGAGCCUAUCAUCCUAACCAACCCAUUCGCGGGACCUAACGAAAUCACCCGAACGACUGAUAUUUCUGUCAACUACGAGAACGUUGGGGGCCCAACCUCAAGUUCUUCCCAGCGUCGCGAUGACUCCGGAGUUCCGUAUCCAGCUCCAGCAGCCAAUCCGAAAAAUGAAUUCACCGUGGAUAUUUCUAGCGCGCAAGGGAAUGUCGUAAACCCUUACCCCUACCCAGAGAAAUCCAGGAGGGCCUCGAUGACGGAGUCAAUUAUUCCAAUCGAGCCCACUGUACAGAUUUCUCACCAACCUCGCGGCAAGCAUAACAACAUGGAGGCCAAUAAUGCUGCUUGGGCAUACACGAAGGUUUCUCUUCUCUUCUUCGUCGCAAUGAUGAUCACCUGGAUUCCCUCGUCUGCCAACCGUGUCUACUCCGUUGUUCACCCCGGACAGAUAUCGCUGCCUCUCCAAUAUGCAUCCGCCCUUGUCCUCCCACUGCAAGGCUUCUGGAAUGCACUUAUCUACACCAUAACCAGUGCAAAGGCAUGCAGGAAGCUCUGGCACAGCAUACGAAAUAUGAGGCCCUUGCAAUACAGGUCCCGUCGUCGGAGGGCGAACUUCGCAGAAGUAGAUGCAGAACACCAUGGCGCUACACGAUCAUACCCCAACAAAACUCAGAAUCGAAGCUUUUCAGAAGAGUCGGAUAGUAUGACCGGGCUCAAGCCUCUUCCUCGCCCUAACACCAAAGGCUCGUCAUUGUGA